AUGCUUCAACGGCUUUGGGCUCUAUCAACCUCAGCUAUCAAGCUACCGUUUCAGCCCUUCUCCUUUGGGGCUCCCAGAGACCUUCUUAUAGAGAAGGACAGACGGAGCAUGCCCUGCCUUGCAAAGGAAGCUCCGCCUCCGUCAGCAUUUUCUGCUACUAUUCAUCCUCUCAGCGAUUCUGUUUCCACUGAGGUCGACAACUAUUUCCUUCAAAAUUGGCCUUUCCGAACCGAUAAUGAACGAGCCAGAUUCCAUGCGGCAGGGUUCUCUCGUGUUACAUGCUUAUACUUUCCUAUGGCAAUGGACGACCGUAUUGGAUUUGCCUGUAGAAUGCUGACAAUUCUUUUUCUCAUUGACGACCUACUUGAGGAAAUGAGCCUCGACGAAGGAUCCACCUACAAUGAAAAACUUAUAUCCAUUUCCCGGGGCGACGUUGCCCCCGACCGAACUAUUCCUGCCCAAUGGAUUAUGUAUGAUUUAUGGGAAGACAUGAGAGCCUGUGAUCAUGUCCUUGCGGAUGAACUGUUGGAACCAGUUUUUACGUUCAUGAGGGCGCAGACGGAUAAAACCCGGUUGACCAUCCAUCAGUUUGGGGAGUAUCUUGACUAUCGCGAAAAGGAUGUCGGACAAGCGAUAAAAGCCCAAACUAAAUGCAUACGUAGUCUACUUUCCGGCCUGCAGCGCUAUACCAUGAAGCUCUACCUUACCGAAGAAGACCUGCGUAUGGCUGCACCCGCUGAGCGCAACUGCGCCAAGCACAUUGCAAUCCUCAAUGACAUUUACAGCUGGCGAAAAGAACUACUGGCUUCUAAGACGCUUCAUCAUGAAGGCGCUGCCAUUUGUUCCUCUGUACAAGUAUUGUCUGAGGUGACUGCACUUAGCCACGCCGCCACGCAGCGGGUCUUGUGGACCAUGUGUCGCGAGUGGGAAUCGGUACAUAAACAGCUCGUGACUGAAGUGGCAGGAACAGGGAGCCGAGACCUUUUGGAUUAUAUUCACGGGCUUGAGUUUCAGAUGAGUGGAAAUGAGCGCUGGAGUGAAUCUACUCCUCGUUAUCAUUUUUAG